AUGGGUGGAGUUCCACUGAACACCUUCAAACAGAUUAAGGAGAGCCUUAAAUCUAUCUUCAAGAGAAAGAAGAAGGGCGAUAAGAAGAACGCUCAGGCCACGGAGCAAAAGCCUGAAGAUACCACUGCCGCUGGUACUGGUGAAGCUACUGGCGAAGCUACCACCAAAGCAACCACCACCCACGAGGCUCCGGCCGCGGAAUCUCAGGAUGCAGCUCCUACGGCAACGGGCCCGCCACAAUCGACGCCUGGCAUCUCUCCGGGUACCUCGAUACCAGAGCAGCCUCAUGAUGAGCAUGACGCACUUGCUCCGACACCCUUGCCCCAAAUCCCACCCAUAGAGACAACGGAAUCUGCCGCUCCUGCAGAGACCCCGGCCGCUCAGCCAACUGCCGGCUUGGUUGGUGGAACAACUCCUACCGAGCCCGCUAAACGUGAGUUUGUAUGA